AUGAUUAAUGGAGAGAGUUUAUUUAGCCCCGACGUGAAACAUCGCCCCCGAGCCAGAGCUGUGAGCGGAGAGAGGCGGCGAUGGAGCGGGGCAGUCGGGGACGGAGCCGACACCGAGGUUGCCGGCAGCGGCGCGUCCAGCCCCAGGAUCGGGCAGGACAGAAAAGGGAUCUUUGGACAGCGACUGGAGGACAUUGUACAGUUUGAGAGGAAAUAUGGCCAGCGCUUGGCCCCACUGCUGGUGGAACAGUGUGUGGAUUUUAUUCGGGAACGAGGUCUUAGAGAGGAGGGGCUCUUUCGGAUGCCUGGCCAAGCCAACCUUGUCAAAGAUCUGCAGGAUUCUUUUGACUGCGGAGAGAAACCCCUUUUUGACAGCAAUACAGAUGUUCACACUGUGGCAUCCCUCCUGAAGCUUUACCUUCGAGAGCUGCCAGAGCCUGUCAUCCCCUUUGCCAAUUAUGAAGACUUUCUCUCUUGUGGACAGCUACUCACAAAAGAUGAGGGAGAGGGAACCCAGGAACUGGUUAAACAGGUGAAGAAUUUGCCCCGAGCGAACUACAACCUCCUCAAAUACAUAUGCAAGUUCCUUGAUGAAGUUCAGGCUCACUCCAGCGUUAACAAGAUGAGCGUCGAGAACCUGGCUACAGUAUUUGGACCAAAUAUAUUACGACCCAAAAUGGAAGAUCCAGUGACCAUGAUGGAAGGUACCUCUCUAGUUCAGCACCUGAUGACAGUGCUGAUAAGCAAACAGGGGCGAAUCUUUGCCAUUCCUCAGGCAGAUGUGCCAGGGGGGCUGCUGGAGAUCAGACCCGUGCAGCAGCGCAGUAUGGUGGAGUGGAUCUCCGAGGAGGAUGGGGAGGACAGCAGGUCAGAGAACAACAGGAUUCCCAGACCCACGGAUUUGCCUUCUACCAAUGCUAUGGUACUAGAAGCCACUCCUGGACUUGCAGUAAAAAACAUUCCUUCACAGCACAGUGGCAAAUUGGCUGAGCCUGCCAGCAGCCCAAACAAAAGAGUGCAGACACUACCUCCAUGGAACUACUCCUUCUGCCAGCAGGGAGCACGGUCUGGGAGUCCAAAGUUUGGCAACUCAUCCUUAGAUAACCCCAGCCUCUCCUCCAGUGGGAAUUGGUUGAUGAAUGGAUUGUACUCCCUCCAAGGCCAUCGCCAUACAGCGCCUGGGGAACAAGUAAAAGACUCCUGUUCUGCCCAGAGACUCUCUACUUAUGACAACAUCCCUUCAUCCAGCCUCUCUCUCAGCACACACAGUGUGGCCAGCACAACAUGGUCGACAUCAUCAUGUGAAAUCUCCGUGGUGGACUCGGUGAGCAGCUGCCCAGCCUGCUGGGCCAGUGACUCCUCUGCUUUAAGCUCUCUCAGAACUGAAUGGGUAACUCAGGGCUCACUGUCUCAAAGCGAGGUGAAGAUUGCAGAUCUGGAGAACAGCAUUGACAGGUUUGAAGCAUGUAGCAGCAGCAGCAGUGAACAGAGCAAUAUGGCUGCAGCUUCUAGAGACUCUGUCAAAUGCUCUAGGGCCUUACAGAACUUGGUGCUGGAGCUAAAGGCAGAACUGAGCAAACAGAGGACUGAGUAUGAGACUAAUAUCAAAAGAAUUGAAGAAACAAGUAUAGACCUGAGCAAACAAGUGGUUAUGUUAGAAGAAGAACUGGACCAAGAACGAAAGAAAUACACAAUGCUGGAGAUAAAGCUGAGGAAUUCUGAACGUGCUCGUGAAGAUGCUGAGAAGAGAAAUCACCUCCUGCAGAAGGAAAUGGAAGAGUUUUUUUCAACUUUAGGAUGUUUAACUGUUGGGAGUCAAAGUGCUAAAGUCCCCAAGUAGA